AUGCCCGACAAGCUGACCGCUCGCCAGUACAUCCAGGUGCGAUGCCUGCUCAUUUCUUCACAUGCUAUUACCUUCGCUUUCUCCUUUAGCAUGCUCGUCGUCGCCUUGAUGCAGCGCCACCUCUACCUGAAGAGUGCUCGUAUCGAGGCCAACGCGGACAAGGACGUGCUCACGACCAACUGGUUUAUGGUUACCAGCGGCGCCGUCGGACUCGUGCAGCCAUCGCUUUUUUUCGGCAUUCAUGUUGCUUACCCCCUUGUCCGUCAGCGGCAGUGGGCUGUGCAGGAGGAUCGCCUGCAACACAGCGCGGAGAUGGAGCAACAACAACAACAACAGCCGCCGCCGCACGCUUGCGCCUCACACGCGGAAUCUCGUGGGGACCAGAGAGCUCUGGUUGAUUUCGUGCGCACCUCCGCUCUAACCGCUCACGAUUCGCACCUGCAUCCCCCGCUAAGCAGGAUACAUAUCGAAGCAGAGGGAACGCCACUGGGCAAAGCAGGUGCUACCACAGAGGCUGCUACUGCUGCUGCGGCCGCCACGCCUGCGUCCGACUCCUCCCUCCCUGUGCUAGGGCUAGAGCUCCCACAGGUGGGUUUGCGCCUGUCACUAAAGGCGUCGUUGUCCUCGCCGCCCUUGGCACCGCUACUGCCGCCGCCGCCGCAAGGUGCCCACUCAGGCUCCCCACCACCGCAAGAGUUGCCGAUGACGCUGAGGGGAAAUGGUGUGACGGCGACCUACAGCGCCACAGCCCAGCAUUGCUCGCUUCAGUCCACUAUGGAGGCCGAGGCGGAUUUGAGCAAAACAGCGCUGCCACUCUCUCUCUCGCCAAGUGUCAAUACACAGGCGCCAGUGGAGGCAGUCAUGGAGCCCAUGGCCAUCGUGGUGCCGCCCGUGCGUCACCUCCCAGGCAACUGCCCGCUCUUCUGCGAUUGUAGCGCUCCUUCUCGCGCUGAGACUGACGGGGUUGUCUUACCUCGUGACAGGCGCGAUGGCGCGACGGCCGCAGGCUGUGCUGGCGGCGGUAAACGCAUCCGUUUUGUGUCUGACCCGGCCCCCCCACUCUUCUCGGACGUGACCCGCGCGGUCGUGAAGGCGCCGGGUGAUGUUACCACAUCUGAACUCGGCGGCGAAGCAAUAAGGCGCUCGAGUCGACGGUUGCCAAACGCGGUAACACACGGCGCGUUGGCCAUGCCGGGUGACGUUGAUGGUAGCACCCCUGCUGCUGCCAUGGCAGCCCCACAAAGUGGUACAGCAUGCCAGCUCAAUGUCUCUCUGGCCAAGGGAGCAACCAGCCCACUGACUGCGCGUGCUAGGUUCUCUGUAAGGGCGCUGACGCCGCCGCUUAGCUCGGUAGGUCCCAGUGACACUGGUGACCCCACCAGUAUCCAGCAGGCCUGCCCAGACAUUUUCUCCGCCACACCGUCAACGCGCUCAGCGGUGCAGGCUCCUACUGUGGGUCCCACGGCGGCGGUGCCGCGUGCUGCUUUGGUGCGAGACCGAUACAUUGCGGUGCUAUCGAGUGAGGAGGUGCAGCCGCCAAAGGGGCCUACCGAGGAAGCAUCGCAGCACGGUAAGUUUCACCCCGGCUUCUCAGGCGACAAUCCACAGCGCAGCUUCGCAUCGGUAUUUCUGCGCACGCUGCCAUGGUUUAUUCCCACCCCCGUCGCGGCGGAGGUGCCGUCGCCGCAAAGCCAUCCAGCGAGGCGGACAGCCGCCUCACACCUGAGCACUUCCGUGCGGCCCUUGCCGCCCGCACUGCUUCACAUGUACUUCAAGUACGACACAACAUUCCACUUGCUGCUUGCUGCCUACUACAUAUUCGCAGCUGUCGGGAUUCUUCUCAUGUAUUUCUUUGGCAUUCUAUGUGUGGUUCGUAGAGGCUUGCAUGGGUUGACCAGUGUCUUGCUAAUGGUGGGCGUGCAGGGCAACGUCCUCAUGAAUCAAAACAUGAAGCUUUCUGUCCAAGCUGCCUUCUCCAAGACGGCGAUGUAUACCAACACCGAGGCAGUGCACAAGGUCAGCCACUCUCUCAGCACAGCAUCGCAGUACGAGCGGCUCAAGAGGUUCAAUACGCUGCAGCCGACAAUAUACAGUCCUGACGUACGGUACACGAGGAUCUUCCUCAUGCUUCUGGCCCUGUCUGUUGUUGCCGGCCUGGUAUCGCUUUGCGUUGUGGUCUUCAACUGCGGAACAGGUGUACUGGUGAGCGUUGGCUACGCGUCUCUUUCGCAACGGGAGCAGGCAACACGGGAAGCACAGGCGAUGCUGGAGGCCAGCGUUUUUUUCUCAUACCCUGAGAGCGCACCAGAGUUGCACUCGUUGCAACCACCGGUGAGGGCUUCGUCCCCGCUAUUUCCUUCGACUGACACUGAAGCCCCGUUACCAGCAGCGCCGAUGGCCGUGGCACCGUCUCGCGAACGGCUGAUGCACACGUUCGAGGGCCUGCACGCGCCGUCAGCUGCACUAUUGCCACCUUUGUGGGUUGUCAUGGCGGAGAUGUCCAGCAGUGGCGGUGGUUUGGUGGCGCCGCCGGUGAGUAUGACGGGGUGA